CUGGCAUCAUGUGAACAGCUGAUGUCAAUAACACACACACAAGGUCCAGGUAAAUGUGUACACUCAUUCUUCAAAAACAUCCUAAUAUAUUAAUUAACUGAUCAACAUACAAAUCCCUCACAAUGGAGAAAACUCAAGCUAACAAUAAUAAGUUACCAUCAAAUCUACCACAGCUACAGAACCUUAUAAAGAGGGAUUCCGACUCGUACAUGGAGGAGUUCGAGAGACAACAUUUAGAGAACCUCUAUCAGAUGGUUAUGUUUCUGGCUCAGGUGGCCCAGUGUUACCCGGACAAAAUGAACGAGUACCCUCAGGAGUUGACGACCAUCUUGAAGCGGCAUGGUUCUGUGUUACAUCCAGAAAUGCGGUUGGUCUUUGUGAAGGCGUUGAUUCUGCUUAACAAGAACCUUUUGUCUCCAAUAGACCUGCACAUGUUGUUCUUCCAGCUGUUACACUGUCAGGACAAGAAUCUACGGCAAUUUCUGAAGCAGCACAUUGUGACAGAUAUAAAAAACAUCAACUCUAAAGGUAAGAAUAUGAAGCUAAACAAAGAAUUACUGAACUUUAUGUUUGAGAUGCUGACGUCCAGACACGCCAUUGCUGCCAAAACCUCGCUCGACGUGAUGAUUCAACUGUACAACAAACGUGUGUGGAACGACGCCAAAACUGUCAACAUCUUAUCUAUGGCGUGUUUCUCCAAGGUGACCAAGAUUAUGGUGGCCGCCAUAAAAUUCUUCAUCGGUCGGGACGAAGAAAAGACAGACGAGACGGACUCGGACAGCGACCCUGAAGACGACCAGAAAGUGCUGAAGGCGGCGAGGAUGUCCAUGAAGGUCAACAAGAAGACAAAAAAGAAACAGAGGAAAAUGGAAAAAGUAAAAUCUGUGGUUAAAAGGAAUCAGAAGAAGAAGACGACAAAGGUCAAUUUUGACUUCUCCGCCCUGCACUUAAUUCACGACCCUCAGGACAUGGCCGAUAGACUCUAUAAACGUUUAGAAAAGAUGAACGAGAGAUUUGAGGUAAAGUUGAUGACAAUGGACAUGAUCUCCCGUCUAAUUGGCAUCCACCACUUGUAUAUUCCUAAUUUUUACCCUCUGGUCCAAAGGUUCCUCUUCCCUCAUCAGCGUGAAGUCACUAAAGUCAUGGUGUUUGCAGCUCAGGCAGCCCACGCUCAGGUUCCCCCGGAUGAUCUGGAGCCGGUAGCCACGCUUGCAAACAAUUUCGUGACUGAACGUUACUCGAGCGAAGUAAUGGCGAUGGGGCUCAAUGCCAUAAGGGAACUAAGUAGGAAUCCUCAUUGUAUGUCAGAUGACUUACUACAAGAUUUGACGGGGUACAAGACACACAAGGACAAGGGGGUCAUGAUGGCUGCCAGGUCCCUCAUAUCUCUCUUCAGAGACAAAAACCCGGAGCUUCUCGCCAGGAAGGACCGUGGGGCUCCUAGUGAACCAGCCGAGAAAAAGAAAGAACAGUUUGGACAGAGCAAUGCCGUGAGUUAUAUUCCCGGGGCUGAGAUAUUAACAUAAGACGGGGUGAAAGAAGGCAUUGGGUCAAGUGACAGUGAGAAUGAUGAUGAAUGGAUUGAUGUCCAACAUUCUGAUGAUGAACUGGAUCUGGGUAAUGAUAGUGAUGGUGAUGAUACACCUAAUGAUGGUGACAAAAAAGCAGCAGCAGCAGAUGACGACGAUGACGACAAGGUGUUCUCCACAAAGGAAGCCAGAGCGGCCCGGCAAACCGACGUUGUCAGCUCUCGUUUCCUGACAGAUGCCGACUUUGCCAGGAUAGCAGCACUACAAGCUACCAAACAGGUUGAGAAGUUCAGCAAAAGCAAAAAGAACAAGAAACGUAAAAGGCAAUCCAAGAAAACCACAGAAUCUGGAGAGCUGGUCUUAAAGAGUAUUGAAAUGAUUUACAAGAAGAGGAAACACUCUAAGGAAGCCAGGAUGGAGACGGUCCUGGCCGGGAGGGAAGGCAGAGACAAGUUUGGAGCCAGGAAGGGUCGCAUGAACCCAAACGCCUCCACAACUAACAGGGAAAAGUCGAGAACCAAGAGCUUCAUGAUGGUGAAGCACAAACUGGCAGGCAAACAGAAGAAGUCAUUCCGAGACAAACAGAUCAAACUCAGAAAUUCACUGUUGAAGCGGAAAAAGAAUUUUUAGAUUUUCAGUAAUGAAGGGGAGGAGUGCUGG